AUGCUUGUCCCCAAGUUUAACGUCACCCUGAAUACUGGCGUUAUGAAGGAAGACGGUUUACUGUCCUCUUUGACGUCCAAUACAAAAUCGAUUUUGGGGCAUUUGGUCCAUGCCACAAAUGGCAACUAUUCCGAGAUCACCAGGAUGCUUGACCAAAUAUUAAGCGAAACACAGAUCGAAAUAAAAAAUUUAACAGAAUCGCAAGUUACGGACCAGGAGUUCUACGAGCGUUUGACUAAGUUAGGAGAAAAGCACAGUGAUACGCUGAAACUGGUUGAGACAGUUUAUCACAAAACUCACCGAAGCUCACUUCUUUCAUCUAACAGAACAGAAACGGAAAACUUUGUACAAUACCCCCAGAGUGAAUAUGCGGCAAAUAAGUAUCGGAUGGCUUCAAGUCCAAAGCGUUUGCAAAACGACAAGGGAUAUUUGCGAGACAAACCAGUGCAUUCAGUUCCGAAUAAUCAGGCCACUCAAAAGACACAAUAUUCUCCUGUUCUGAAACAUUCAAUGUCAAUAGAUGCGGAAGACAACGAGACGCCUGCAUCCUCAGGCAGCACUAGACCUUGUUGGCGGAAUCGAAUUACUAUUCCGAAGCCGUUUGAAAUGUGCAAACGAGAUGAAGAAAAGAACAGGGACUACCGACUGACUCGAUCAAAGAAUGCGCUUCUAGAUGACAUCCAUGAUAAGGAGAAUCAAAUACAGCCGGGAUAUGGCAAGGCUGGGCGGUUUCAUGCUCGACCUAUACCUGCACACUGUCUUGUGCCUCUCUUCGAAUCCAUGGUAGAGCAACAAGCAAAGAGGAGAAGAGCGGUGCAUGCAAACGCCAAGGAGAUACUGAAGGCCACAGAGAAACCAUUCAAAUUCACAUUGCGAGAACGAGUUGCCAUGGAAAGAAAUUGCUGCUCGAUUGAACCUUCACCUACCACACGCCCCACUUUUCGUGAUCGUUCGGCCGGAGUACCCAGAAGUGUUGAUACAGGGCCAGACAGUCUUAGAUUACCGAAACACAUUUACGAAAAUAGGUUAGAAAGGAUGUAUGAAGAAGCUUUGGUAAGAGAAGUUAGAAGGCAACUCAGAGCUCAGCGGCUUCUGAAUUCUGCAUCAAUUCCACCAGGAAUGGAGGAAAGACAGCGACUCUCAGAAUUACGGAAUGCGAAACGACUUGAUCGGAACAGGCAGAAAGUAUGGGAGCCACACGUCGGUGCUCAACGCAAUCAAUCUAAUCAGUUCACCGCAAAACCAUCACCAAAUUUUAAAAGAAUACAUUGGGAGACUGAGAAGAAUUUGAGAAGACUGUGGAGGCCAGCACCUGAGCCAACCCGUACAAAACCCUUCAAGCUACGGACCGCAGAACGCACGAAGUGUUGUAUCACUCGUAGCAGAAGUGUGGACUAUCAUAUCCCCAAUCGAAAAGACAAUCCGACACGUGCCCACCUCGAACGCGGUGCAUUCCAAAGCUUGGGAUUCAGGCCUCAGAAUUCACGGCAGUCAACAGAUUUCCCAUCUCCAGCGAAAGCCAGGGGAACAAUUUUAAGGGAGAACCACAUACGGGAGUUAAUCAAGAAAGCAUGUUCAAACGUUAAAAUGGACAAAGAGGCAGAGCGUUUGAGAAUGGAAAGACAACGACAGCUAUAUACGUGCAUACGUAACUCUCUCGGAGAAAGCAUUACUUCACCGGAGACUGUAGUUCGAUCUGAAAUAGCUAGAAAAAAGCGAGAAUUAAGUCAACAGUGUUCAGCCCGUCAAGCAGACUACAAGCGCGAGCUGAAGGAGAUCCACAGAAGAGUAUCAGCCAGACCGUUACUGAUCGCACAGCAGUCGCAGAAGGUUGCCCGAAAGCGCGCGGAAAACCUCUUCAGCUCCACCUUGAAAUGCGCGGGUUUAGACGCUGACCUGAUUCUGCAAGAAGCGAGAAAAAACAACGAUUCAAAAGAUGCCCGUUGCGAGACGCAUGUUAAAACUACACAGAGGAAUAAUAAAAUCGACAGUCGUUGCCUCCUUCCCUCCAAUUAAUUCUGGGGUCGUUCGGAAAGAUCAAGCCGGAUGGGACUCGUCUCUCAACAAUGUCACUGCCCCAUUCGCGCAUCAGCAAGUUGAUCGAUACCACAUUUCAAAAGUUCUGUGC